UUCAAGCCGUCAUGUACGAAGAAGAAUUUUCAACAAAUAAAAUCACAAAAAAUUUAUUUCCUUUCAAUAAAAAGUCUCUUUUAUUUUUCUCCCUAUAUAUCAUCUAGACAGUCGUAAAAGUACCAUCAUAAACCACUACAUCCGUUUUUUUUAAAACUUUCUCUCUCCUCUAAAUUCUCCCCCCACCUUCAAAGCUUAAUUCACCCAUUUUUCUUUCUACAUCACUACUUCAAAAACAUCUAUAUACUACAUAAAACAACACCCAUUUUUAUUUCUUCUGAUUUGUGAUUUUCUGAGAAAAAAUAACCCAUUUUUAUUCUCACAAAGAUCUAUCUAUAUAUCUAACAAAAACAAAAAUGUGGGAAUAUAAUGAAGAAUAUAAGGCCUUGUUUGUCCAAGAAACUAGCUUUUACAACCACAUUGUUUUAGGAUGCUUCUUUCCACCUGCAACUGGGGAAUAUUUUUCUCAUUUCAUCCAAACAUGGCUUAGAAAUUACAUCGCUGGAGUUCUUUUGUAUUUGGUUUCUGGCUUGCUUUGGUGCUUUGUCAUUUAUUACUGGAAACGCAACCUUUAUAUACCCAAAGACUGUAUUCCCACAAAAGGCGCCAUGGUAAUGCAAAUAUACGUCGCGAUGAAGGCCAUGCCAUGGUAUACCCUUCUUCCAACAUGUUCAGAAUAUGUGAUUGAAAAUGGUUGGACUAAAUGUUUUCCUCGCAUAAGUGAUGUGGGUCUCCUAGCCUAUUUUGCGUACCUACUAGUUUACCUCUUGAUUGUGGAGUUUGGAAUUUAUUGGAUGCACCGAGAAUUACAUGACAUAAAACCUUUAUACAAAUAUCUCCAUGCAACACAUCACAUCUACAACAAGCAAAAUACUCUCUCUCCUUUUGCAGGUCUUGCAUUCCACCCCCUUGAUGGCAUUCUUCAGGCCGUACCCCAUUUUAUUUCACUAUUUGUUGUGCCUGUCCACUUUACCACUCACAUAGCCCUCAUCUUUGUGGAAGGCUUGUGGACGGCAAAUAUUCAUGAUUGCAUCCACGGCAAAGUAUGGCCGGUAAUGGGCGCCGGCUACCAUACGAUCCACCACACCACGUAUCGACAUAAUUAUGGUCAUUAUACGUUGUUAAUGGAUUGGAUGUUUGGUACCCUCUUAGAGCCUACACUCGAUAGCGAUGAGCCUAAGAAGGUUUAUUAACGUUGGAACGAUAUUGCUACAUUUUCCAUAUAAAGAACUUCAUUCAUAUAUGGGGUUGAGUCCUUAUUGUGCAUCUCCCCAUUGCAUCAAUGUAAAUUAUUCUUGGCCAUUGAGAAGUGCCAUCAUUUUAGGGUUAGUACUAAUUAAGAUUAAAUACUAGAAAUUUGUAAUUUUAGCCUUAGUUUAAUUUCUUCAUGCCCUUAUGCUUCGAAAAUUACCUUAAACCUCACAUAUUAUUUGAUUUAAGCAAUUAAUUCGUUGAUGUAUAUUUCA